AUGGCAGUGCCCAGUCUGCGGCCAUGGGUGGCCUGCCUGCUUGCGAUCCUCCUCUCCUUGGGAUUUAGCCUGGACACUCGCGAGGUGUGCCCCAGCCUGGACAUCCGCUCAGAGGUGGCAGAGCUGCGUCGACUGGAAAACUGCAGCGUGGUGGAGGGCCACCUGCAGAUCCUGCUCAUGUUCACGGCCACCGGCGAGGACUUCCGUGGCCUCAGCUUCCCACGCCUCACUCAGGUCACCGACUACCUGCUGCUCUUCCGUGUCUAUGGCCUGGAAAGCCUGCGUGACCUCUUCCCCAACCUAGCGGUCAUCCGCGGUGCCCGCCUCUUCCUGGGCUACGCGCUGGUCAUCUUCGAGAUGCCGCACCUGCGGGACGUGGGGCUGCCAGCGCUGGGGGCCGUGCUGAGUGGGGCCGUGCGCGUGGAGAAGAACCAGGAGCUCUGCCACCUCUCCACCAUUGACUGGGGCCUGCUGCAGCCUUCACCUGGCGCCAACCAUAUUGUGGGCAACAAGCUGGGCGAGGAGUGUGCCGACGUGUGCCCUGGCGUGCUGGGCGCCACUGGCGAGCCCUGUGCCAGGACCACCUUCAGCGGGCACACCGACUACAGGUGCUGGACCUCCAGCCACUGCCAGAGAGUGUGCCCCUGUCCCCGUGGGCUGGCCUGCACGGUUAGGGGUGAGUGCUGCCACACUGAAUGCCUGGGAGGCUGCAGCCGGCCAGAAGACCCCCAUGCCUGUGUCGCCUGCCGCCACCUCUACUUCCAGGGUGCCUGCCACAGGGCGUGCCCUCCAGGCACCUACCAGCAUGAGUCCUGGCGCUGCGUCACGGCCGAGCACUGUGCCAGCCUGCGCUCUGUGCCUGGCCGCGCCUCCACCUUUGGCAUCCACCAGGGUAGUUGCCUGGCCCAGUGCCCUCCAGGCUUCACCCGUAAUGACAGCAGCAUAUUCUGCCACAAAUGCGAGGGGCUAUGCCCCAAAGAGUGCAAGGUGGGCACCAAGACCAUCGACUCUGUCCAGGCAGCACAGGAUCUGGUGGGCUGCACCCACGUGGAAGGGAGCCUCAUCCUCAAUCUUCGGCAAGGCUAUAACCUGGAGCUGGAGCUGCAGCGCAGCCUGGGACUGGUAGAGACCAUCACUGGCUUCCUCAAAAUCAAGCACUCCUUUGCCCUCGUGUCCCUAGGCUUUUUCAAGAACCUCAAACUGAUCCGGGGGGACACCAUGGUGGAUGGGAACUACACUCUGUACGUGCUGGACAACCAGAACCUGCAGCAGCUGGGCUCCUGGGUGGCUGCGGGGCUCACCAUUCCCGUGGGCAAGAUAUACUUCGCCUUCAACCCACGCCUCUGCUUGGAACACAUCUACCGCUUGGAGGAGGUGACUGGCACGAAGGGACGGCAAAACAAGGCAGAGAUCAAUCCCCGCACCAACGGAGACCGAGCUGCCUGCCAGACACGCACCCUGCGCUUCGUGUCCAACGUGACGGAGGCCGACCGUAUCUUGCUGCGCUGGGAGCGCUUCGAGCCGCUGGAGGCUCGCGACCUACUCAGCUUCAUCGUGUACUACAAGGAGUCCCCAUUCCAGAAUGCCACAGAGCAUGUAGGUCCAGAUGCAUGUGGGGCCCAGAGCUGGAACCUACUGGACGUGGAACUGCCCCUAAGCCGCACCCAGGAGCCAGGUGUGACCCUAGCCCCGCUGAAGCCCUGGACACAGUACGCAGUGUUUGUGCGGGCCAUCACGCUGACCACUGAAGAGGACAGCCCCCACCAAGGAGCCCAAAGCCCCAUCAUCUACCUCCGAACCUUACCUGCAGCACCCACAGUGCCCCAGGACGUCAUCUCCACGUCCAAUUCCUCCUCCCACCUGCUGGUGCGCUGGAAGCCACCGACCCAGCGCAACGGAAACAUCACCUACUACCUGGUGCUGUGGCAACGCCUGGCAGAGGACAGCGACCUCUACCUCAAUGACUACUGCCACCGCGGCUUGCGGCUGCCCACCAGCAACAACGAGCCCCGCUUCGACCGCGAAGACGGGGAGCUCGAGGCCGACAGGGAGCCUGGCUGCUGCCCUUGCCAGCACCCACCUCCUGGGCAGGUCCUGCCACCGCUGGAGGCACAGGAGGCCUCCUUCCAGAAGAAGUUUGAAAACUUUCUACACAACGCCAUCACCAUCCCCAAAUCCCCUUGGAAGGUGACGUCCAUCAAUAAGAGCCCUCAAAGGGACUCAGGGAGGCACCGCCGGGCAGCCGGGGCUCUCCGGCUUGGGGGGAACAGCUCGGAUUUCGAGAUCCAGGAGGACAAAGUGCCCCGGGAGCGAGCGGUGCUGAAGGGCCUGCGCCACUUCACAGAGUACCGGAUCGACAUCCAUGCCUGCAACCACGCGGCGCACACUGUGGGCUGCAGCGCUGCCACCUUCGUCUUUGCACGUACCAUGCCCCACAGAGAGGCUGAUGGCAUCCCAGGGAAGGUGGCCUGGGAGGCAGCCAGUAAGAGCAGUGUUCUCCUACGCUGGCUUGAGCCACCAGACCCCAACGGACUCAUUCUCAAGUACGAAAUCAAGUACCGCCGCUUGGGAGAGGAGGCCACAGUGCUGUGUGUGUCCCGCCUGCGAUAUGCCAAGUUUGGGGGAGUCCACCUGGCCCUGCUGCCUCCUGGAAACUACUCGGCCAGAGUUCGGGCAACCUCACUGGCUGGCAAUGGCUCCUGGACAGACGGUGUCGCUUUUUACAUCCCUGGCCCAGAGGAGGAAGACUCCGGGGGGCUGCACGUCCUUCUCACUGUCACCCCCGUGGGCCUCAUGCUGCUCAGCAUUCUCGCUGCCCUCGGUUUCUUCUACAGCAAGAAGAGAAACAGCACGCUGUAUACCUCUGUGAAUCCAGAGUACUUCAGUGCCUCUCAUAUGUACAUCCCUGAUGAGUGGGAGGUGCCUCGGGAGCAGAUCUCCAUAAUCCGGGAACUGGGCCAGGGCUCUUUUGGGAUGGUAUACGAGGGGCUGGCACAAGGACUUGAGGUUGGAGAGGAGCUCACGCCCGUGGCCCUGAAGACGGUGAAUGAGCUGGCCAGCCCACGAGAACGCAUUGAGUUCCUCAAGGAAGCCUCUGUCAUGAAGGCAUUCAAGUGUCACCAUGUGGUACGUCUCCUGGGUGUGGUGUCUCAGGGCCAGCCAACUCUGGUCAUCAUGGAGUUAAUGACCCGGGGGGACCUCAAGAGCCAUCUUCGAUCUUUGCGGCCUGAGGCAGAGAACAACCCUGGGCUCCCUCGGCCGGCACUGGGAGAUAUGAUCCAGAUGGCCGGUGAGAUCGCGGACGGCAUGGCCUACCUCGCUGCCAACAAGUUUGUGCACCGAGACCUGGCGGCCCGAAACUGCAUGGUGUCCCAGGACUUCACCGUCAAGAUCGGGGACUUCGGGAUGACUCGAGAUGUGUAUGAGACAGACUAUUACCGCAAGGGCGGGAAGGGGCUGCUGCCUGUGCGCUGGAUGGCCCCUGAGUCCCUCAAAGAUGGAAUCUUCACCACCCACUCGGAUGUCUGGUCGUUUGGCGUGGUGCUCUGGGAGAUUGUGACCCUGGCUGAACAACCCUACCAGGGCCUAUCCAAUGAGCAGGUGCUCAAGUUCGUCAUGGAUGGCGGGGUCCUAGAGGAGCUGGAGAGCUGUCCCGUUCAGCUGCAGGAGCUGAUGCACUGCUGCUGGCAGCAGAACCCGCGCCUGCGCCCAACUUUUACCCACAUCCUGGACAGCAUACAGGAAGAGCUGCGGCCCUCAUUCCGCCUCCUUUCCUUCUAUUACAGCCCAGAGUGCCGGGGGGCCCGGGCCUCGCUGCUGCCCACAGAUGCAGAGCCCGACUCCCCGCCAGCCCCUAAAGGGGCUUCCUCAGACUUCAGCCCCCAAAAUGGGGGUCCAGGGCACUGA